AUGCAGCUACUCAAACUAUUUAUGGCUAUUCUCUCUGUUGCAGCUCGACUGCAGGCCACACAUACACUUCUACCGCCGUCUGAAAUGCACCCCAUCGAGCCCCCGGACCUCGAUUGGCAUCUAGCGGUGUUCACCCCACCAGAUGAAUACUUGGUCUAUCUUAAGCCAGGUUACACAAUAUCACAGCAUCUACAGACCAUCGGCAAGGACUUGAGUCCACAUAUUCGACGACACUGGGAGGAUUUUGAGAUCUUUGAACGUGCUCACUACAUCAUCUAUCUGCCUGACCAAACGUACCUAGAUUUGAUCCGGCGGGACCCAGAAGUCUCUCUUGUGAUUCAGAAUGCAGAGUACCAGGCCAUCAGUGAUCCUGUCCCGGAGGAACUUGAGCGAGGGCCGAACGUGCCAAAACAUGAUGAACUGUAA